AUGACAUUAUUACUGCUAAUUGUCCAGCUGGUAGUUCUAGUCAACGGAUUACAAAGCGAUCAAUUUGAGUUCAACAACAUAGACGAUGUAAUAAAGCCAGAAAGCAGCCUUAACGUCGAACAGAGCUCUGAUUCAACAGACAUUAUCAUCAAACUUCAACCAGAUGGCACUGAAGAAGAUAUCCAGGAUAUUCGUUCUAGAUAUCCUAAAUUUAAACUGUCAAAACAGUUUAAAUUGUUCGGUGAUACGUACUACAAGUUGUCAUUGGACGAGUCCAAGGUUCCAAGUCAGUUAGAUGAUGGUACAGUUACUGUAGAACUGAAGGAGGAUGACAAUGAUGUACUGCGCAUGAAAAAUGAAAAGAAGGUCGAGUUUCUUGAGAUAGACAAGAAGGAACUUAUUAUGCUUUAUGCUGACACAUCAAAUCCAGACCCUGAAAUGACUGACAUGUGGCAUUUAAGCAGUGUGAUGAAAUACCCACAUCACAUCGAAGAAGCUUGGGCCUUAGGUUACACAGGUAAAGGUAUCACAGUUGGUGUAGUAGACUCGUUAAUUCAAACAGACCAUAUCGAUCUGACAAAUAUAGAUGCAUCAAGUUCAUAUGAUUAUUACAACGAUGACAACGACCCGAACCCAACAGAUUCAACCAUGAUUCACGGAACAGCGAUUUCUGGUGUUAUAGGUGCAACAAAGGGGAAUGACUAUUGUGCUGUUGGUGUUGCAUAUAAUGCAACACUAGUAGCUAUUGGAUUACUAGGCGCGAUUGGGACGAAUUUUUUAACAGAUUCGCAACAAGCCAUGGCAAUAUCUCAUAUGUCCGAUACAAUUGCUGUUUACUGUAAUAGCUAUGGUCCAACUGGAUCGUUUGGUUCCUCCUCACUAGAACCAUUACUCAUGGCAGCAUUUGAAAAUAACGCAAAAUAUGGAAGACAAGGAAAAGGUAACAUAUAUGUUUUUGCAGCCGGAAAUGGGGGGUCGAUUGCAACACCGAAUACAAAGUCCCAUCAUACAACUAUCUAUACUAUCGCUAUACAAAGCGUUGGUUACGACUCUGUUGUUCGGUACGGAGAAAUAGGAUCCUCGAUAUUGGCCAGUGCUUAUGGAGGAAGCGCUUUUGACAGAUCAUUCACGUCAACUUCAACCAAUUCUGGUUGUAUAGAUGGUUUACGAGGCACCUCUCUUUCCGCUCCACUUGCAGUAGGAAUUAUCGCACUUGCAUUAGAGGCAAACAACGACCUUACGUGGAGAGAUGUUCAGCAUUUAAUAGUAAGGACUUCCAAACCAUACGGGUUCAGGGAUCGCUUUGAUAUUGAGAACAAAUGGCAACGUAAUGGAGCAGGCUUUAGAGUUCAUCAUAAAAUGGGAUUCGGUUUGAUGAAUGCUAAGGCUAUGGUUAAAAAGGCAAUAAAGUGGAAAACUGUUCCGGAGCAACUGACUUGGCAAUCGAAAGUUAGCAGCCCAAACAUUUCUUUAGAGGAAAUAUCAAAAGCCAAAAGCAAAAUUUACGUUUCCCGUGACGAUUGUCCAAUCCGACAUUUAGAACAUGUAAUGGCUACAGUGAGUUUUAAUUACUCAUGCUGUAGAGGAGCAGUUGAGGUAUACCUGGUGUCGCCCAGUCGGACCAAAGUAGUUCUGCUUCCUAAACGAUACAACGACUUACGCUUCACAUUAACUCAAUCAGGCAUCUUUACUUGGACUUACAAAGUUGUUCAUUUAUGGGGAGAAAAUCCUUUAGGAAAAUGGAAAGUUUUACUAAAAUUAAACAGCAUGAUAGCUAGAGCGGAACUUAAGGAGUGGUACCUUACUUUCUAUGGAACAUCGUCAAAUCCAAGGAGGGGAUAA